AUGGCAUCCAUAAUUGACGAGCUUUAUUCAUCUCACCAAGAUGUAUAUGAUACACUCCUUAACACAUUGUUUCCGAUCACUUUUGUGAUUUUAUUUAAUAAUUCACAAGAUAAAAUGAGGGAAUCGGGAGAAAAUGGACAACCCAUAUCAAAUGAAAAAUCUAAGGAAGAUGAAGAAUCCAUAUUAAGUAAAAAUUCUAAGGAAAAUGAUGGAUCGGAAAAAAUGGAAUACCUAGAUGACCUACUAUACAACAGUCACUUGGGUAAUCCCAUUGAUAGUUUCUUUUUCCUACGAUGA